AUGAUUACUCAGAGAGGAGUUCAAACGAAGAUCAGUACAACAGCUAUAUGGACAGUCUUAAGUUUAGGGAUGACCCACAUCGUCAAGCUCAUUGUAUUCUUUCUUCUUCACGCGAGUUUACGGACACUUGCCUUAGCUUUUCCGAAAUCUGAAGAGUUUGGGAGCGCUUUAACUGAAAAUGAAUCCUAUAAUAUGACCACUAUUAAUGGCUUUCUUGAGAGCUUUUUUGCUCGUAAAGCUACAUUAUCAGCGGAAGAGUGGAAAUCCCGCUUACCAAAUAUGAAGGAGAAGGAUGAGAUGACUAAGCUUAUCACUAGUAUAUGGAAAUUUGAAACCUUCGAUGGGGUUUCACCGAAUCUGUUGGACAGUUAUCCCAAUUUGAAACCGAUAAUAUCGAUAACUCGUUAUAAUAAUACACUUAUUGUUCAUGAAAAACCGGGUUUAAGUAGGGAUUUACGGAGAUAUUGGGGCUAUAUAGCCAUUAACGACAAACGAUCAGCCAAAAGGAACCUUCAUCAUGCAGCUCCUCAUUUCGAAUCUGAUGGAGAUGUGUGCCGGGAAGCUGCUUAUUUAUUUGAAAGUACAACAUCUAGAAGUCUCGUUGUAGCUGGGGCCUCUCGGUUUGCAGUUCGAGGGAAUGUUUAUUCAACAUGUCUGAAGACUUAUCACCCAUCGGAUUCAGCACAUAAUUCUGAUAAUAUGUUCCAUCAUUGGAACAUGAUUUUGGCCGACCUGGCGAAAAACACUAACGCAAUUUUUGUUCAAUGGCAUGGCAUGGCAGAAACAAGUUGCCAAAACGAUGUUUUCAUAUCGGCAGGGUCACGUGAUAGUCAGGUGUACUCUCGAGAUAUUCCCGCUGUUAAGAUACGAGAUGCUUUUAAUCAACUUGAAAAACAAAUGAAAAGCACUACGCCUGACAUCGACAAAUGUCGAUUAACAGCUUCCACAAACGUAUUUGGUCGCUAUCUGAAUGGAGUACCACCAGCUAACGUUUGUGAACGCUCAGCAAAAGCAGAGAACAUUCAAGGCACAUUUGUCCAUAUCGAGCAAAAACGACAAGCUCGAGAUGCUCUGAAGUUAUGGAAUGACGUCAUUCGACUCGCAUAUCCAACUGAAGUUUGA